UCCAUAGAUCCAUAAUCACACUGCAGUCAUCCUCAUAUCCCCAUGUUGGGUACCCAGCCCCAAGGUAAUCUCAUGAUAAUCAUCAAAUCCUAAUGAAGUGUGAGGUUUAUUGGUUUUGUGCAUCUCUCCACAGUUCAUGCUAGGUAUUUUCCGCCCGGAUUCCUUUGGACAAAAUCCUUUGAGUUAUUCUUACAGAAUGUAUUGAAUUCGAAUGCCGUGGCGAGUGACGAUUCAUUAGGCAAUAUGAAGCUGUUGCCCUUUUUUGCGGAUUGCACUUUCAAAAAUGCGAACCAUUUCACAUUUGCAAAGUGCAAAAAGUGCAAAACGAUCUCGUGUAUGGACUGGCAUUAAGUAGUAGUGAAAACCUCCUAAAUGUUAUUGCUCUUCGUUAAAGAAGCACUUUUAAUGCGAAGGAAGCUGCUCGCAACCGAGAAUUUUCAUGGUUUUUUCUGCUCAAACAGAUCAGUUGAAGUUGAGAUUUUGUUUUUGAAAAUGGCUUUCGAGAAUUCGGCACAUACAGGUGAUCUUCGCCGUGAUCUAGCAAGGUAUUUAGCUUAUCCAGAAUUUGCUUACAUGACCUCGGUAUGGCUUGAUCAUCUUUUAGUCUAACAUAGAAACUGCAGAACUCGUACGGUCAAAAAUCAAUAUCCAUCAUCUAAUAGUCCUCCAACACACGAUACUCUUCUGACAUCAAACAAUGCGUACACACCAUCAAAUACGCAGAAAAAUCCACAAACUCUCAACUCGCAAACCCUCUAUCGACACACCAUUGAUCAAGCCCAGCUCUUUCAAGAACCCUAUCAUGCGCAUAUAAUUCAACAAAAAGAGGCUCGCAGUCUCCAAAGUUGUUUUUCCUCUUUAGGAGUAGAUAUCCCAUCCGACUUUUACCAAAGCAAAGUAUCCGGAAUCUAUCAAAACCGAGCAUACGCCUCAGUCCCAGAACAAACCUAUAAACCAACCCGAGGAUACUCAACCCAAUACUUCGGCCCCGCAAGCACAAUGCUACCCGCAGACGAUGAUUACCAUUGUGCCGAAAUAUGUGAUGAGUACAAGAUCAACAAACAAGAUGUAACAGACUUGGCAGAUGAUUUAAAUGGCAUAGGAGGCCAAUUUCCAGUUUUUGCAUAUCAGAUGCAGUCAUAUUCUGCAUCGAUCUCUCAAUUGGAAGCAGAUAUCGCUCAGAGAACGUAAUUGCUCCAAGGGGUUAUGCACACGCGAUUGAGCUUGUGAUAUUUGGGAACUUUGGUAGGGAGAGGUUUGGUAGACAUGUUAAGGAUGGCAAAAGACAGAUUAGACAACGUGAAAAAAUGGAUAAAUUUGUUGUUUGAAGAAUGGGCAGGAAACAAGUAUCGCGAUUGUGGCGUUCUCAUGUAACAUCGUACGAUAUGAAAGCGGAAAAUAAUGCAUUUCUAGAGAUGUCAAAGUGUUGGGUCAGGCCAAAAGGCCAUUUUGAUAGAAGUGAAAUAAAAAGAAGGCUGAAAGUGCCUAAACAUAAAUUAGUCUUUAUAAAUGGCAAGGCUCCGAUGGAAUAACUUGAACUGAUAUG